GGCAACGCUCCCCAGUCCCCCCACCCCUGACCCCGGAAUCAUGCAUCGGACUACACGGAUCAAAAUCACAGAGCUGAACCCCCACCUCAUGUGUGCCCUCUGCGGGGGGUACUUCAUUGACGCCACCACUAUCGUGGAGUGCCUGCAUUCCUUCUGCAAAACCUGCAUCGUGCGCUACCUGGAGACCAACAAAUACUGCCCCAUGUGUGAUGUGCAGGUCCAUAAAACCCGGCCGCUGCUGAGCAUCAGGUCUGACAAAACCCUUCAAGACAUUGUCUACAAAUUGGUCCCUGGGCUUUUUAAAGAUGAGAUGAAACGGCGGCGGGAUUUCUAUGCAGCGUACCCCCUGACAGAGGUCCCCAACGGCUCCAAUGAGGACCGCGGCGAGGUCUUGGAGCAGGAGAAGGGGGCUCUGAGCGAUGAUGAGAUUGUCAGCCUCUCCAUCGAAUUCUACGAAGGUGCCAGGGACCGGGACGAGAAGAAGGGCCCCCUGGAGAAUGGGGAUGGGGACAAAGAGAAAACAGGGGUGCGCUUCCUGCGAUGCCCAGCAGCCAUGACCGUCAUGCAUCUCGCCAAGUUUCUCCGCAACAAGAUGGAUGUGCCCAGCAAGUACAAGGUGGAGGUUCUGUACGAGGACGAGCCACUGAAGGAAUACUACACCCUCAUGGACAUCGCCUACAUCUACCCCUGGCGGCGGAACGGGCCUCUUCCUCUCAAGUACCGUGUCCAGCCAGCCUGCAAGCGGCUCACCCUAGCCACGGUGCCCACCCCCUCCGAGGGCACCAACACCAGCGGGGCAUCCGAGUCCAGUGGGGCCACCACAGCUGCCAACGGGGGUACCUCGAACUGCCUGCAGACACCAUCCUCCACCAGCAGAGGGCGCAAGAUGACUGUCAACGGCGCUCCCGUGCCCCCCUUAACUUGAGGCCAGGGACCCUCUCCCUUCUUCCAGCCAAGCCUCUCCACUCCUUCCACUUUUUCUGGGCCCUUUUUUCCACCUCUUCUACUUUCCCCAGCUCUUCCCACCUUGGGGGUGGGGGGCGGGUUUUAUAAAUAAAUCUAUAUAUAUAUGUAUAUAGGAAAAACCAAAUAUACAUACUUAUUUUCUAUGGACCAACCAGAUUAAUUUAAAUGCCACAGGAAACAAACUUUAUGUGUGUGUGUGUAUGUGUGGAAAAUGGUGUUCAUUUUUGGGGGGUCUUGUGUAAUUUGCUCUUUUUGGGGGUACCUGGAGAUGAACUGGAUGGGCCGCUGGAGGCUCAGUGAAGCUCUGCACGGUCCUCGCUGUUUCCCAAGGCAGAUGGUGUGUUGGGACCCCUUCAGCCCCAAAGCUUUAGGCAUGAUUCCAACUGGCUGCAUAUAGGAGUCGGUUAGAAUUGUUUCUUUCCCCGUGUCUCUCCCCAUCUUGGCUGCUGUCCUGCCUCUGACCAGUGGCUGCCCCCCGCAUUGUUGAAUGUCCAGAAAUUGCUAAGAACAGUGCCUUUUACAAAUGCAGUUUAUCCCUGGUUCUGAGGAGCAAGUGCGGGCUGGAGGUGGCACCUGCAUCACCUCCUCCUCUUGCAGUGGAAACUUUGUGCAAAGAAUACAUAGUUCUGCCUCUUUUUUUUUUUCCUGUGUGUGUGGCCUUUGCAUCAUUUAUCUUGUGGAAAAGAAGAUUCAGGCCUUGAGAGGUCUCAGCCCUUGGAGUUCCACUGUGGCUUUAGCAUUGUGAAGCACUGAACCCCCACCGACCCUACCCUCACCCGGGAACCCUCACUAGCAGGACUGGUGGUGGAGUCUCACCUGGGGUCUAAAGUGGAAGUUGGGGUGGGUUAACCUCACACAAGCACAGACCCCAGACUUUGCCAAAGGCAAACAGCCUUCCAGUUGCCCCUCCACCCCCAGCUGAGGCCCGGUCACCUGGUCAGGACAGAGCAACUGCAUCUAAAAGCACAAGAAGACAGAAACCUGUAAGCUCUGACCCCACCCCCACCCCUUGAGAGGUCAGCAGACCACCUCCUUAGGGACAGACCCUGGCAGGUCCCUGCCCACCGAGAUUUCCUCAUGUGUGCAUAGAUCUGGGAGGAUAUGGGAGUCGAGACUCAAGAUUCCAUCACAGCCUAGGUGUGUGGGGUUGGGAGUCCCCUGAUGGGCUUGUCUGUAUUUGCACCUUGUCCUGUGUCUGAGGUCCUGUGACUGUACCCUCCUCUGCCCUGGGACAUCUGUAUCUCUUGGCUUUGUAAUAAAUGCUGCAUACCUUC